UGUAUGCGACACACGCCAACCUAAUUCCGAACAAGGCAAUUAUUUGCCGUAGAAUAGUAAAGAUAAUUGGCUGCUAAUGUUUUUGACCGUUCAUAAAUCUAUGUAAAUUCGACUCGUUUGCAGUUUUUCGAUUUUUAAAAGUUUUAAGGCAGGUCGUUUCCCGGAAAGUGCAAGUAGGCCUUGAUACACGUGUAAACAUCUUCGCUUAUUAAGGACACAGGACCUAGAUGAGCAAAAAUCAUGUUCGGCUCAUCGAGGUCUGGUGGGGUGAGAGGAGGUCAGGACCAGUUUAACUGGGAUGAUGUUAAAGUGGACAAACACAGAGAAAAUUAUUUGGGAAAUUCUCUCAUGGCACCGGUUGGCCGCUGGCAGAAAGGGAAGGAUUUGACGUGGUAUUCCAAAGAUAAAAAGGGAUGCACACCCUUAACUAAAGAUCAGGAGAUGGCAGCGAUACGAGAGGCAGAACACGAAGCCAUGAUGGCAGCACUGGGCCAUAAAACCAUCAAACGGAAACCAACUGGACUUACCAAAGAGGAUCUAGUAGAUGUGUGCAGGAGAGAAGAUGAAGGAGAGGGGCGUGAUGUGGACAGGGUCUCUGGACUCGGAAGUUCCAGGUCUGGGGCAAAAGGAAUGUUGCUAUCGAAGCAAGAAAAAGAAGCAGUAAAAAUGGGUUUACCAGUUUUCACGCAUCACAAAGCUGCUGGACUGCAAGAACCUACCACUAAGGUGCCAGAUGAGACCACCGGAAAUGAUGAAGAUAUAAGAUCUGAAACCAACAAGAAGAGCAAAAAGGAAAAGAAGAGUAAGAAAGAUAAAAAGAAGAAAAAAGAUAAAAAGAAGCAUCACAGACGAGACUCAUCCUCAGAUUCUGAAAUUGACAGUAAAAGGUGUGUUUUGUGCUCCACAGGCGCAGAAAAGACCCCCGGGACCACCACGGCUCUAAUCCAUCAAGGAGCAGUCAGAGUGGAGCCGCAGCCCAUGACAGCCAUUCAGGAGGGCGGCCAAAGGCUGCCCGCAGGACCCCGACCCCCCCUCACCAGCAUCGCCGCCGACGGCACGACACGGACUCGUCCUCUGAUGGCCACCGUGCCGGACGAAGGUCCCAAACACAAAGCCAUAGGCGGCGCCACGACACUGACUCAGACGACUGAUGCCCUUGAGCCCACUUUUGCCCCUUUACGGGUAUGAUCAGCCCCUCUGUAAAACUCGGGUCAACUCAGGCCACAAGGCCUGGCAGAGAAAGUGCAGACAAAAUGCAGCAUGCUGUGUUUUUGGGGAACUGCCACUGUCAGUGUAGAGUACAACUUCUGCUGUCAGAUGAAAUUCGCCUGUAGUCUGUACACAUUUAGACAACGCAACUGCAUUCCCUUUAGUUUCUAUGUACAGAAACAUCCUUGUUGAGGAGGAAUUUCACAAAACUCAUCAACUUGUUAGGAUCAUAUUUUAUUCCAAUACUAUACUAAAGAAAUGAAGUAUGAUGCUUAUUUUAAGGAUAAAGAUUUUAUUUUCAAUAUUAUAUUGGUUUAUUGAACAAAUUCUCAAGACUGCAAUACAAUAAAUUGUAUUUUCAUAAGUUCAUCCAUUUUUAUUGCAAUACAAUUAUUCUAAAAGUACUGUAUGCAGUGAUCAGAAGUGCAAUUUAAAGGGAUAGUUUACCCAAAAAUAAAAAUUCUGUCAUCAUUUACUUACUCUUAUGUUGAUACAAAUCUGCAUGAGGAAUGUUUGUAACCAAACCGUUCGUAAGCCCCAUUUACUUCCAUAGUAUUUAUUUUUCCUACUAUAGAAGUGACUAGGGCUCACGAACGGUUCGGUUACAAACAUUCCUCAAAAUCUUCCUUCGUGUUAAUCAGAACAAAGAUAUUUUUACAGAUUUAUAACAACACUAAGUCAACAAUGACCGAAUUUUCAUUUUUGGGUGAACUAUCCCUUUAAGCAUAAGAAUUACAAAAACCUCACCAAUUAAAACAUCUGGGCAUAUUGCAAUAAUAUGAAUUAAUUCAGAUACUUCAAAAUUGGGUUUCUUUUGAUUUUAGUUGUUCUCAUCAGUUUCAACGUUAUUUCUUCGGUGAAUAUUUAAGGAAAACAUCACUGUUUUUCAAUAUUUUACUAUGUUCUUACCUCAACAGACUAAUUAAUACAUGCCUAUCUUUUUUCAAUGCGUGAACUUCAUCUUUGUACAGCGUGUCGUGAGUGUGUUAGCAUUUAGCCUAGCCCCAUUAAUUCCAAAGAGGGAUGAAUUUAGAAGCCACCAACAUGUAUUCCAUAUGUUUUCCAAGUAAGUAUGGUGGCACAAAAUAAAACUUGGCAAUUUUUUUUACGUAGAUAAAAAUGAGACCUAUCUUGUAUGGCGGAAGAUCACUUAGUUUGCACGUUUUUUUAUCCACUUAAAAAAAUCGCCACAUUUUGUGCCAUCAUACUUACUCAUGUGGCUACUUAUGUAACAGUCUUUAAAUAGAGAAAACAUGGAAGUGUUUGGUGGCUUCUAAAUUCAUCCCUGUUUGGAUCCUAAGGAAUGAAUGGGGCUAGGCUAAACGCUAACACAUUCACGAUGCGCUAUACAAAAAUUGCAAGUGCACAUGUUGAAUAAAGAUAGGUGUAUAUUAAUUCGUCUAAGUUGAGGUAAGAACAUAGUAAAAUAUUGAAAAAACGGUGGUGUUUUCCUUUAAGAAAAACAAAAGAGAACCUGACAUGGUCAAACCUAAAUGGGUGUGGCCGUAUUAUUCCAGUCUAUCAUGUUUUCUUACUGUAUAUGUUCUGUGAAAUAAAUCGUUUUUACAACA